ACCGGAUUCAUAGCGGCAGCGGUCUUCCGUAUUUUGUAUCAAUACAAAUUUCUAACCCUACUCACUCUGCUGGUACAGCUCUUUAAUAAUGUGAUAAGUGAAUACGAAUCUCGUUUGAGUGCUCUCGAGAACUGAGUGAAAAAUGUCUUGUCUCUCCGGAAUCAUUUUAGCAAUAAGAUGGUGGUUAUCAGCGAGUUAUCGGACCGGCGAAUUUAUUGUUUACACCGGCAUUUCGUCGGUUAAAAUGCUAGUUAGCGCUGUCAAAAGUUUGAAUUCCCUCAGUACCUUAGUUUAUGAGGGGUCGGUGCUCUGGUUACAGGACAUUCAGGAAUGCGUGUGUACUGUGCAAGAGCUUAUUCGUUCCGGUGUCCAGUCAGGGUAUGAAAUUGCUUAUGUCGUAGCAGCAGUCACAGGCCAAGCCAUAUUGACAGCCUUUGCACUAGUCGGCGGCCUGUUAGAGUCGAUACACAAGCUAAUUCUCCUGCUGGGAUCAAGCUGCCUGUUCCUGCUGUCCUUGCCUGUGCUGUUUUUAUUUUACUCUCUAGACACACUGCUGCAUUUAUUUAAGGCAUUUGGUUCCUUUUCUCAGUAUGCUUUGAUGAGGCUGAAGGAGUGCGGCACAAAUAUGCAUACCCUCGAAACAUUGGUUGGGCUCGUUGUGGUGUGUGGCCUGAUUUUUGCCAUUGCGAGCUUGACGAGGUCGGUGGCCCAGUGGUACUAUAAGAUCAAGAACGUGGCUCCCAGGCUAUUCAGCGCAUGGGCGAGCAAAACUUGGAGGCAAAUGAAAAGAAGUGCCACAAUAACCAGGAUGAGACGGAGGAAUAACGACUGUAAACUUCAAGAGACUGAAUUGUGCAUUAUAUGCUUUGAAAAAAGGAGAUCGAUGUGCCUCUUACCAUGCAGACACCUGUGUCUUUGUAUUACAUGUACGCAAUCACUUUCGGACCCCUUGCGCUGUCCUCUGUGCAGACAGCUCACUGAAGAUAUCAUGCAAGUCUACUUAUAAUCAUGAAAAUUCAUUGCUCA